AUUUAUUAAAAUUGAUGGAAGAACAAAUGCCGAACAUAGAAAAUCUCAAAUUGAUGAAUUUCAAAACUGCGAUAAUUAUAUUGCUGCAAUAUUAUCAAUUACAGCAGCAAACGCCGGAAUUACACUAACAGCUGCGAAACUUGUUGUUUUUGCAGAACUGUUUUGGAAUCCUGGAAUAUUAUGCCAAGCAGAAGAUAGAGUACACAGAAUUGGUCAAGAUAGCGAUGUUAUUAUUCAAUACUUAAUUGCGAAACAAACAGCAGACGAUUAUUUAUGGCCUUUGAUUCAGAAAAAACUGCAUGUAUUAAACGAAGUUGGAUUUGAUCAGAACUUUUCUCUAAAAGAUAUUGAUAUUACAGUACAAGCAUUAAAUUCGAAUCAAAGCACUUUAGAUACGUUUAAUACUUUUAACAGUAUUUCACAACAAGAGAUUGAUGAAGAAAUAAUAGAAAAUAAUCAAAAUGCAACAAAAAACACUACAUUAGAAAGUCAAUCUUCCACUGAAAAAUUUAAAAAAUUACUUGAUUUAAAUGAGGAAGACUUUGAAUUUUGUGAUUGGGACGAAAUCGAAUG